AUGAGAAUCUUCAUCAAUAACGCCGAUACUUACGUUGGAAGUGCUCUAUGCGCUGACCUGCAAAAUAUCCUCGAGACACCUACUAGGAUUUAUGCUACUCUAAAAGGAGGGGAGGAGUGCCAGGUCCCUUUGCCAGUGAAGAGGAUAGUGUCUCGUAGAGACCACUCUAACAUCCUCAAGGCUGCCGCUCAAUCACAGCUGGCUGUGUUCGAUCUUCACAGUAGUGAUCUUGAAGAGGUUGACUUCGUGUUAAGAAGACUCAAGUCGGAGCCGAUAGAUCAGCCGCUGGUCGACGAAGAUGCUGGUGAAGCGUCUGUGUCUGAGUCAGCGCGCGAUGAUGCUUCCGCUGCGGACCAGUUCACGACACCGACCCUUCCCGUAAAGUUACCUCGCAUGCUCAUGCUAGAUCAUAGUGGAUGGCGUCGAGGUAUUCACAGAUGCCGAGUGGUGCAGACGGGUGCCUUCGAGUCGCUAUUGGAGUUGGAAAACACUGGAGACGUUAGCUCUAUCAUUGAACUCCGUGGAGAACAUUACAUCGUGAGUAACUCCGGAGAGUACGUCGUUUGCUCGGGGAUACUCUACGGGAACGGUGAGAUUGCAUUUUACGAUGACUUUCGUGCGGCCUGGUUGGGACAGGAGACCCAUAGAAUAAUCGGCGACGGCGACAAUAUCAUACCGACUAUACACGUACGCGACUUGGCCAGAUGCGUGAAGCACUUAUCUGCGGCAACCGAAAAACAGCCUUACAUUGUAGCGGUUGAUGAGAGUUUCACUGACCAGAAGGGAAUUCUCACAGCCGUCGUAAAUCACCUGGGUGAGAAAGUUGCAAUUGCACGAUUCAACAUGAGCUUUACAGGUGCCGGCGUCCCGAUUCCAAGUAUUUCGCGCGAUCAAGCGGUAGCUUGCCUUGACGGACGUCAGCCUUUCCUCCUUGACCUUCGUUUCCGUGCGUCGGAUUUCUUUCACCAACCUGAAUUCUCUUGGUGGAGUAAGGAGGGCCCUGUCGCUGCCAUUGACAAGCUCAUCAAAGAGUUCUGCACUUGGAGGAAUUUGCGUCCUCUGAAGUUGGUUCUGAUUGGACCUCCAGCCUCAGGAAAAUCCUUUUAUGCGACGAAGGUUGCUGAGAACUAUCGCCUCGCACACAUAACCCUUGGACCUAUUAUUGAAGGAGCAUUGAAACGGGGUAGGGAAGUGAAGGAACUGAUUGAUCCGGAGAAUCAGGAAGACGGGAUAGAGGCAUUGGAUGUUGACUCUCUGCUUGAGAAGGACAGAUUUUACCUUGCAUUCCUUGAGCAGUGGGAGAAGCUUCAGACGCCUCGCUCCACUCCGAGACUCCCUGCACAAUUGAUAUCUCGAGCAGUUCGCUAUGUGUUGGAGGACGAUAACGCUUGCAAGUUCAGAGGGUGGGCCGUCAUGUUCGAUCUUCCUGCGCUCAUCGUGAACGAUGCCAUACGUCCUGGAUGGGUGUUCCUACUCGAUAGCAACCUUGAGUCGUGCAGGAGGAAGGAGGUAGAGAGUCAUGGUGAGGUGACGGUCCUGGAUGCCUUGAACGGUGUUUUGGACGGGCAGAUGGUCUGUCGGGAAAUCAGAGUGGACGGUGUUGAUGCUGAUGAUGUGGUUGAUAUUAUGGCGCAGUGUAUCGAAUAUGACGGAUGUCCUUACAACUAUCUUCCGUCCAAAAGGGAUGAGGUAGAAUCGAAGACUAUCGAGAUGGAACGUGAGGAGCUCCGAAGGAAGGAAGCAGAGACUCGCGUCCGCGAGGAGGCUCUUGCGAAGGAGGCGGCUGAGAUCGAGAUCAGGAGAUGUGCUGAGGCUGAUCGUCUGAAGCAAGUGAGGGAUAAUGAGCAGCAAAUUCUGGAGAAGUACAGCAGAAGUUUACGCGAUUACCUCCUUGAUAACGUCGUACCGGUUCUGAGAGAGGGAAUCAUCGAAGCUUGUGAGAAGACGCCAGACGAUGCAGUUUCUUUCCUGGCCGAGUCGGUCGAGCUGACGGAGAGUUCUUCCCUCGAGUUAUCUUCCUUUUGUUCUAUCUUCGAGCACUUGCAUAAGGAAAGUGGCGUUCCGAUGAGCAAGGCCGAGAGCAUUCGAUUGAUCCAAUGCGCCCUACGUUGUAUUGCACAUGAACACGUGUACUGUACACGUGUUGCUGACCCACGACGAUAA